AUGUGCGCUCGCUCCCUGCCUCCCUUCUCCCUCCCCUCUCUCCCUGCCGGCUGGGUGCUGAAGUUGGGCGGAUGGCAGCAAACCAGCUCCGCUAGGGACCAGCUGCACGAGCCCUUCCCCGGGAUCGCUCAGUGCCAAGCACACGCAGCCAGGCGGGGCCACUUGGGUACUGAAGUAGCUGAAAUGAGAAAAAGGCAGCAGUCACAAAAUGAAGGAACAUCUGCUGUGUCUCAAGCACCUGGAAACCAAAGGCCCAACAACACAUGUUGCUUUUGUUGGUGCUGUUGUUGCAGCUGCUCAUGCCUCACUGUUAGGAAUGAAGAUAGAGGGGACAAUGCAGGAAGGCCAACACAUACAACCAAAAUGGAGAGUAUCCAGGUCAUAGAGGAAUGCCAAAACCCUACUGCAGAUGAAAUUAUGUCUUGGGCUCAGAAUUUUGACAAGAUGAUGAAAACACCAGCUGGUAGGAACCUUUUCAGAGAGUUUCUUCGAACAGAGUACAGCGAAGAGAACCUGCUUUUCUGGCUUGCGUGUGAAGACCUAAAGAAGGAACAGAACAAGAAAGUUAUUGAAGAAAAGUCGAGGCUUAUAUAUGAAGAUUAUAUUUCUAUACUUUCACCAAAAGAGGUUAGUCUUGAUUCUCGGGUGCGAGAAGUGAUCAACAGAAACUUGUUGGAUCCCAGUCCUCACAUGUAUGAAGAUGCCCAACUUCAGAUAUACACCUUAAUGCACAGAGACUCUUUCCCAAGGUUUUUGAACUCUCAGAUGUACAAGUCUCUCAUCGAAAGUACUGUAGGCUCUACUUCUGAAACUUAG